AUGGAUCCUCCAGGGAAUGAGUGCGCUAGGUGAGUAUAUCUGUCAGAUGAUACAAUAUUUACCAUUCUUUCAAUGAUCAGCUGGCUCUUACUGACAUUCCUACACAGGACACAAUGUUUAAUAAUCAGAUUCAUUAUUACUCUAUACAGACACAGCAUAUUGAAUUAUCCUCAUGUGCAGAUUGAUGAUAAUAGAGUUGUGAAAAAUAGCUCCAGAUUCAGAGUAACUCAUUCUGUUUGAUAAAUGCACCCCACCCACCCCAUGGUCCAUGUCCUGUUUGUAUUGUAAUAUCCAUUCUAAACUCACUAAGGACAGUUAUAGUUUAAUGAUAUUUAAUGUGUGUUCCACCAAGAACUCAGUGUGGUUUAUCUUGUCUACACGAUUUCUUGGAGACCAGUGAACAUGGUCCACAGGGUUUGAAAGGGUUAGAAAGUGCUGGCCGGCAGAAUGAGAAAUUGACAGGUUCCCAAUCAGUUAUUAAAUUUCCAAUGUGAUCCCUAAAGAUCUAGAAUGAUAACUGUGACUGAUUUAACACGGGGGAGUCUAUGAAUGAUAAUUUGAAAAUGGUCAGGAAUCUAAAGUCGAUUUGAAAUUGAGGCCAAAACAGGCAAAUUGGAAAAAUCAUCAAAGCCAGCUGUUUUUUUUUUAGUUCUGGUGUUUUUACCUAUAACCACUAUUACCACUGCCCCUAUAACCAUUUAAUCUCUUUGAAUUGGUUAUGGUGCCUGGAGUCCUCGGGCUGUGUCUUCAUGUGUAACAUGUAACCUGAAUGUUUGAUAAAUAGACUAAGGGCAUUUUUUUUAUCAUUAAUUGACAGGUUUAUAUAAUGUAAACUGCAGAGAUAAUUGAUAAUAGCAUAAAUGUUGAUUUAUUUUCACACCCUAUGAAAAAUCACCAGAAGCUUUAAUACAAUUUGAAAUCUUCAUCUUUAAAUAAAAUUCCUUCCUCGCUAUGUACUAACAUCAGAUUCUCGCUGACAUUUAGCUGACAUAGAGAUUGAAGUAUGAGGAAAUUAUCAAAGGGCAAAAGCAACGAGACUGCGAGCCUGCAAGAUGGAACAAGUUAAUGAUUCAUAAAAUCUCACAUUUAUCAUUCUAUAAUUCCUUUACACCCGACUCUCCCUGUGCUGGCAUUUAGCUUAUAAAUCUAACUCUCUUCGUAUUAUGUUGUUUAGCAUUUUUUCUAACUUUAGUGACAAAAAGCCACAAAUGUAUCCCAAAAUACACAAGCAUGGCUCAGCAGAGAUAUUUUAAAGCGUUUUUCCAUGUUUUAAUGUUAUUAAAAAUGACCUGUAUAAUGUACAAACAAAGUGUGGCCACGUUGUGUUAGAGCCCACCAAUACUGACAGUAUACUCCAUGGAUCCUAUCCUAUGUUUCGAGGGUGUAGUGUUAGAGUUAGGGCUACGGCUGUAGGUUUAAACGUAGCCUUAUGCUUAGAGGCUUGGGGUAGAAUAAGGGAGAGGGAUUAGAGUGAGUAUUUUAUUUUAUUUUAUUUAGUUAUGUAGAAAUUAUUAUGACCAUUUUAAAAUAACUUAUUAAUACUUUUUUGUAUCAAGCAUAUACAUACUCUAAAGAGAGCCCUGUAUGUCCUUUCUAUUACACUUACAACAUGUGUAGGUGCACCUAAAUGGAAAACAUCAAAUUAUGGUUGAAUGAAAACAAACCAAAAAUGCCAACAAGGACUUUGAUCACAGACACAUCUAAUCUUAGAAAAGCCUGGGUCCUUAAAGGGACAUGUAUCACUUGACUUUUAUUUUUUUAAUUUUUUAAACAGCAAGUAAACAUUUUUAAACAAAUAUACAAACCAAGAUAAAGUAAGAAAUGUUUUGAAAUGUAUGUAAUAAAUUUUAACAAACAUACUAUAAGCUAUAAAUCAGAUUGCAUUUUUAUUAUUAUUAUUAUUUCAUUUAUUUUCUUCUUUCUUUCCUCCCUUUUCUUUACGGAGAUAUCAAGUGUUGAGUGCAGGAGAAAUAAAGAACACACAGGUUUCAGUUAUUAGAGAUAACAAAUGAUCUCCAACUGGACAAUAGGAAAUAACACAUGCAGGUGUCAAGUUAAAAGUAAUCAGAUAACACAUUGUUAUUAUUAUUAUUAUUAUAAAGCGCCACCAAAUUCCAUAGCGCUGUACAAUAGGUGGACUAACAGACAUUUCAUCACAGAAAGGUGAGUUGAACGCACAGGAGCAGACUAUGUUGAGGGCCCUGCUCAUAAGGCUUGCAUUCUAGAGGGAGUGGGGUAAAGUGGCACAAGGGGUAAGGGUAGGAUGUGUGUCAUGAAUGGUAGAAUGUAGGUUACUAGAAUAGUUUACAGUGAAGGUUAGUUUCUAAUUUUGUUACAGUUACAGGAGAGGGAGCAGGUGGGUUAGCAAGGUGCAAGGAGGGAAAGCUAUUAACAUUGUUGGACAUGCCUCUCAACUAGUGGUGUUUCUUCAGCCUCCCCCUUUAUCCACCCAUCUCCAUUUCAUACCAAAACACUAAUGACAGAAGCAGGGUAUCAUUGUGCAGCAGCAGGAGAGAGAACCCCGACACCAGAACCUGCUCUGCAUGAAUCACCCGUAUCAGACUCCCUCUAUUCUCCUCAAAGUGAAGAGAUCUUCCAACUGCACACGUGUAAAUCUGCCACUUUUCCAGCAUUCCUAGGGAUAGGACACUGGUUAUAUCAGUUCUCCCCCAGAGUGGGUGUGGAAAGCAUAAGAAAGAAGACGUAGGUAAAUGAGCAAGUAAGAAGAAGCAGGUCAUUUUUUCAUGGAACAAAAUCAUAUUUAUCGUUUUUUUUCAGCCUGCAGAGUAAGGCAACUGUCUCAUUAAAAGCCAAAGUAUUUGAACGAGACAGUUUUGCAAAGUGAUGCAUGUCCCUUUAACAGGUUAAAAACGUAAUCAAACAUUAUCACAGUAUACCCCAUUCUAUAAACCGUUUGUUGUUGGAAUCCUGACUUCUUUCUUGACUGUCUACACAUCAGGAUUCAGGAAGUUACAAAACUGGAUACUCAGUGAAACAAACAUUAACUGACGAGAUAGAACGUACUCUGAUAUUUUUGAUAAACCCUCUUAUAAUUAGCAUCCACAGACUUAUUUGCAGACAUUGUCUGUUUUUAUGUUUUGUGGGUGGAUCUUGCUGGGUGUCACGAUGAGUAACCCCAAUAAGCAGAGAAAUAGACAGAGUGGCUGGGCCUAAUGUAAACAAAGUCAAAUACAAGCCAAGGUCAGGUGAAAAACACAACGACAGGUAAACUCUACAUCAAUAGAACAGGUAAACAAGUAAGAAAACGUUUUACAUGGAAUCAGGAACAAAGCCAAGGUCAAUAACAGAAAUAUCCCAAUUCAAUGGUGCCAGAUAAAUAGAAAUACUGUUAUGUUUGAUUUGAUUGGUUCACAUCAUGCCUGUGACUCCAGAACGUGUGUGAAUGGGACACUAGUCAGAUUCGAGCUGGAAAUUACAUUACGUCCCCUGUGUGUCUUUAAGAACGCGCUCCAAAUGUGAGCAGUGUUCUCAAUGCCGGGAUUCGACCUCAUUAAUUUUUUUUUCCUUUCGGUUCCUGAUUUUCUUGAGGGCCAGGUAAGUGUCGUUAGACUGGGUCAUAGUUCUGUGCAGUCAUGGGUUUGAGUCGCUGAUAGUAAGUGUGAUGCAUCCUGUGUUAGUGUCUCUGAAUUGUGUCUGUGUUUUAUGUUUCAGAUAUACAGAGAGUAAGGUGAAGAUCUGCUACUGGGAUCCAAACACUGACAUAUCAUGGCUAGAGAACCAUCUAACUUCGUCUAGUUCUAUGAGAAUUAGAAUGGAUAAUGUCAAAGAGAAUGAAUGGAAUGAUAUCAUUGAUACAUCUCAUACAAUCAUUUGUUACUAUGAAGAUCUAACGAGAACCUGGGGACAUAUGAGCAAGUUCCAGAAACAAUGUAUCGCAAGAAAAGGUGAGAGAAAAACUUGGAGUAAUGACGGAAUGAGAUGUUAAGGAAUAGAGACCUGACUUGGAAAUCUGAGAGCUUUCACAACUACCUUUAAUUACAUAUUAUCAAAUAGCAAAUAGAGUUUGAUAACAUUGAGAACUAUGUAAUUAGUGCCAGAAAAACUACAGUCAUAGAAUAAAACAAUUCUGAUAAUAUUUUCACUAAAAUCCCAUAAAUAAUGUACAGUAUAUCUCUUGGAAUAUUCACUAUAAGAUCACAUUCAUGCAGGAUUUUAUGGAAUAUCACAAAUUAAAAUUACCCGAGCUCUCAGUAGAAUAGAAUUUAAGAAAAUCAAAGAAAAUAAAGUGCUAAGGUGGAGAGAAGAACCAGUGUUUGCUCCCAUUUCUCGCCCACCCCACCGAGAUUGGGGGGGACUCCAUGAAGAUGGGUUAUCUAAUCAGUCCUGUCUGUGGAGAACGGUGGGAUACUGCACUGACCCCUACAUCUACCCAAAUACCCUACACUUCGGUUAAUAUUUAUGGUAACAGAUUAUGAUGGCUGCAUUGUAACCACUACAAGUAGCUCACUACAGGCUGCAUGAAGAGUUAAUAUUCUCAUGUAUAGUAUGUACCAGGUGGGAUGUUACAUAAAGACAUUAAAGGGACACUUCACUGCCCAAAUUGGCAAAAAAAAAAUAUAUAAUUCAUUGUUUAGUAGAUAUACCCACUAUGAAUACAUGCAUGAGAAUUCAUAUAUGUAUUUAUAGUGGGUAAUAAAGCUGCAGUUCUUGGCAAGCCAUUCCCAUUUUCCUUGGAGGAAACUAACAGUCUCUUCACUGGAAAAUAGUCUAUCUGCAGAUCUCCCUCCGAGGACAUGCACACGUCUGAUCACCCCUGCGUCUGUCUGGCUCACGCACUGUACAGCAGUCUAAUCUGAGGUCUAAGAAGGAAGUAUGUGGGGGGAGGCAGGCGUACUCAUUUAGACUGUUCCUGACAAUUCCAUUAGCUCAGGUGAGCUAACCGAAACAGGAAGCAAACCUCCCUGGCUGUUUGAUUGACAGUCAGGGGGGUGUUCCAUAAUUAUUUAUAAAAGUGACGAAUGCACAGAAAUUGCACGUUUUUAAACUAGAGUUAAAAUAGGAUACUCCUCACCCAUAAAGCAUUUCAGCAAACUGAAGUGUUUUAUGGAGUGUGGAGUGGUCCUUUAAAAGGUCUACACACUCUUAUAUUAUUCUCUUAAAAUGUGAAGAAUAAGGCAUACAGUGUUAUGACAUAUGUUGGAAAUAUUAGAAUUAGAUUAAUAAUACCAAAGUAUUGUUGGCCUUUGACUAUGGGGAAAAGUUAAUGGAAGAUGAUUGUGGUGUCUUUUCACGGUAUACAGGACGUCAGAGCGUGGUGGUGGUAGUUGGUGAAAAUGAAAAGAAAUUAAAGAAGAAGAAAACUCAGUGGAUGGAAAACUUGGCAGGGUGUCGGCUCUUUCUUUUUACCAAAAAUGAAGUUGCAUUUCUUGAUCCAAAUACAAAACACAUGGAAGAAAAGCUAAAUAACAUGAUGGAGAUCCUGAAGGAAGGUAAGAGCCAAAAUAUAAGCGUUCACCAUAGGAUUAGCCCUCAAUAUUGA